GGCACGCGCGGCUGUAUGCCUGCUGAAAGUGUCAAAUGCUGCCAUAUAGGUGGCGUCCUACGUUGUUGUACUGAUUCAGUAGUGUGCGGUUUGGAACGUUGCCAGCGGCUUCCCCGCCCUACGUAGUGCACUAAAUGUCCAAUAGGGAUCGAGUCUUUGGUUUAAUGCGCGCGUGCUGCCAGAGAAACACAUCUGCUCGGAGUCCCGCAGCAUUCAAGUGCAGUUUCCUUUCCUCGGUCGAAAAACAAAACAAAACAACACAACACCUGUAAGCUGGAAGGUGGUAAAACAUACAGGGUAAGAAGGAACCGAAACGGCGUUCCCGGUUAGAAAGAAGAGAAAGCGUUUGAGUGAGCGCUGGGGAAGUUAGUUUGCGAUGUCGGGAUCGCUGUGCAGGAGUUUGUACGCGUUCAGCGGCGAGCAGCACGAGCGCGGCUUGCACUUCCAGCCCGGGGAGCUGAUCCGCAUCACGCGCGCGCUGCCCGGAGGAUGGUGGGAAGGAGAGAAGGAUGGAAUAACGGGAUGGUUCCCUUCCAGUUACGUCCAAGUCGUGGAGAAAUCUGCUUCCUUGACCGUGUUGCCUGGUGAGGAGCCUUGCCAAAACCCAUUGCCCAAAGACUGGAAGUGUUACAUGUCACCACAGGGAAGGAAGUACUACGUCAACACUGUAAGCAACGAGACUACAUGGGAACGGCCUUCCAGUGUCCCUGGGACGCCCAGAACAUUAGUGCGACACAAGAACUCCUUACCAACAGUGAAUGGAUUUCAUGGCAGCAGUGGCCCGUUGCAUCAGACAGAGCAGUCACAUGUACCAAAACAGAAGGCCAGCACAGAUCAACAGAGUCCUGUGUCCACAUCUCCAAGGAAGACAGAGCACAAGACCUCAGUUACGCAAAUCAACUGCGUGACGUUCCCCCUCCUGUUACACACCACCGAACAGCAACUGCUCAAACCAAAUGAAUGGAGCUACUGCGAUUAUUUUUGGGCAGACAAAAAAGACCCACAGGGGAAUGCCAGCAUCACAGGCUUUGAGGUCUUACUGCAGAAACAGUUGAAGGGGAAACAGAUGCAGAAGGAGAUGGCUGACUUUAUGAGAGAAAGGAUCAAGAUUGAAGAAGAGUACGCCAAGAAUCUCUUGAAACUUUCUCAGAUCCCUCUAGCAGCUCAGGAGGAAGGCACACUGGGAGAGGCCUGGGCCCAGCUGAAGAAAAGCCUGGCAGAUGAGGCUGAAGUGCAUCUCAAGUUCUCCUCUAAGCUACAAAGUGAGGUAGAAAAGCCCCUCCUUACAUAUCGAGACAACUUUAAAAAGGACAUGAAGAAGUAUGACCACCAAAUUACCGAUCUCAGGAAGCAGCUGGCCAGUCGAUACGCUGCCGUUGAGAAGGCACGUAAAGCGCUUGCAGAGAAACAGAAGGAUCUGGAGGUAAAGACUCAACAGCUGGAGAUCAAACUGAGCUCAAAGAUUGAGGAGGACAUCAAAAAGGCCCGCAGGAAAUCCACACAGGCAGGUGAUGAUCUGAUGCGAUGUGUUGACCUGUACAACCAGUCUCAGUCUAAAUGGUUUGAGGAAAUGGUCACUACAAGUCUGGAGCUGGAGAGACUUGAAGUGGAGCGAAUAGAAGUAAUUAGAAAACACCUCGGCCAAUACACGACGCUGCGGCAUGAGACGGACAUGUUCAACCAAAGCACGAUGGAGCCGGUGGACAAACUACUCCAGAUUGUAGAUCCAGCCAAAGACAGAGAGACAUGGGUAAAGGAGCACAGGACGGGUGAGGUGAGACCAGUGGACAUGGAUCUCUAACUCAGACAGGAUGUGUUGGUGAUAGAAGAGAUGGAUUCUCCAUUCUUCCCUGCAACAACUUGGGGAGAAACAACAUACUGGAGUAGAAACAGAAUCAGAGGAAUGAGAGCUUGCGAAUGAAACUGCUGUAUGUGAAGACAGAGCUGUACUGCCCAACGCAGUGUGUUAUACUGUACAGAGACGGAAGCCAGACGUCCCGCUAAACUUUGACCCAAUGAUGGACACUGAUCCAGUACAAACAUGUAUAAUUUCUCUCUCUCUCUCUCUCUCUCUCUCUCUCCUCACUCACACACACACUUUAACAAACAAACACAGCAGCACAAAUGUCUGUAAAAGUCUUCAAUUAUCCAGAGUAACAGUAAAUCAAGGUUUUUAACUUCAAACCCCAUUAGUAGAAGACCCCACCGCCCCCACCUGUAGAGCUGCCGAUGUCCCUCGGAUGAGUUUUAAAGAUUAUACCAUAAUCCAACCACCUUGAUUUUAAAUGCACGUAUCGAAAAAUCAAGAGAAAAGACGAGCUGAGAGUUAUAGUGACGCGACAGUUCUUUUACAAAAUUUACACAAAUUAAUCCGCUGUCGUUUCAAGUGUUCAAUUUGCGGGGAAAUAAUUGGAAAAGUGAAUCAUUGGACCUCAUUCUCUGUCAGUGUGACACCUGGAUACAGAUUAGCUCAGUUAAACUGGUUUUAGGGAUUUAGCAGUUCUCUAAUAGACCGUGCGAUAACGUGUUCAGAUUAUGUCACGAAGAUCCUCUAACAAUAGACAUGCGAUUGAAGAAAAUGACCACGUUCUGCUCAUGCCGUCAAUCAGUGCGAUCCAGGCUUUGAGUUUUUCAUAAACACAAAUCUUAAUAAGUAAUAAGGAUAUAUCGUCAUGUUCUGUUUACUUUGCCUGGCGCAUGGUGGCUUAGUGGUUAGCACGUUCACCUCACACCUCCAGAGUCGGGGUUCGAUUCCACCGUGGCCCUGUGUGUGCAUGUUCUCCCUGUGCUGCGGGGGUUUCCUCCGGUUUCCUCCCCCAGUCCAAAGACAUGCAUGGUAGGCUGAUUGACGUGUCCAAAGUGUCCGUAGUGUAUGAAUGUAUAUGUGAUUGUGCCCAGCGAUGGAUUGGCACACUGUCCAGAAUGCUCCCUGGGAUAGGCUCCAGGUUUCCCCGUGACCCUGAAAAGGAUAAGCGGUAUAGAAGAUGGAUGGAUGGAUGUUUACGUUGCAUGAUUGCCGCUACUGUUUUUAUAGCUGUCCUGUGAGUUUUAUGUCAUCCUAUACUGUCCUCAUGUUUGUCAAUCAUAGAGCAUCAUCGCAGCUGUCAGUAUCUUAUCAAAAAAAAAAAAUGCUGACACUGCCAGACUGCAGUCAGGUGUUUUUGGUCAUAAUGGCACUACAUCGGUCACCAUUGAGCAUGUCACAUUAUGUGUUUUGAGAGCGCUGAUCGCAACUCAUGACCACAGAAUUCAUUUUUUCCUCUGCGACAGCACAAUUGGUCUGAAAAACAUAAAGUGCAAUGCUGGCGUUAGUGUUCUCCUCCAAGUGUGUUGAGCUGCCCGAUCAAAUGUUGCUGCUACACAUUUACUGAUACAGUAAGAAAAGUUUGCACAAUAGAGGAGACAAACUAUAUUACAGCAACAAGACAUUUAUUGUGAUGAGUUUCACAAAUGUUUCUUUAUUAUCAUAAGUAACGAAAAUGACCACUGAUAUUAAUGGAGAGGGGAGAGUACCAAACUGAUAUCCCUGCAAAAGUUUGCAUCUGCCUUCAUGAAUGUGGUGUAAAUAUACUAUAAUAACCAUGGUAUUCCCACCAUAUGGCUUCAUAACAGCCUUCGAUUACUUUCAUAGCCUCUUUCAUAUUCUCAGAACAGCUCUGGGAUGCUCUCGAUUAUAAUAUACUUCGAUUCAACCUAUUUCUCUGUUGGUCUUUCGGUAUGUUUUCUGUAGGAUUGUUUUCUUGUUGCUAGACAUAAUUUUUUUCACCCAGAAACCAUGCAGCGUGUACAGUUUUGCCUUGUAAUUGCAUAUCUCAAGCUAUAUUUAGUUCUGCAAAAUGGCUUGAAUGGCUUAAAUCUUUACAAUACAUCUAAGGUGAUGAAUUGGCACAUCACAUAGUGACUUACAAAAGACAAACACUGGCUCUCUUGCAGUCCAGAGAUUUGACCUCAUAACCUCUGAGCUACCACUGCCACCAUAUUCUCGUCCUUAAUGACUAACAAGGGACAGUUUCACAACAAAGCUCCGCAAACAGCGUGAUAAGUUUGCUUUAAAAUUUUUUUUAAAAAAUAAUAAUAAAAAAAAAUAAUAAUAACUUCCAGUGUUGAUGACAGGCUCCAAACAUCCAGACAUGUAAGAAAUAUGUAGAAAUAAAAGAGAUACAGAUAAUAUAUUGAAAAUAUUUUGCACUAUGCUACUUUUUAUACCAAAUGUCGUACUGAAAAUAAUAACAGUUUUCCGGUUUAUUGUCUGAAAGAGAUCAUGAUUAUUUUGGGUUCUGUUCUCAGUUUCUAGAAGCUUGAGGACGGUUUCUGUGAUCGCCGAUGUACGUUUCUGUUUAGGUGUUUACCACAAAUUGUAUGUACGAGAUUGUGAAUGAAGAUGAAAAUAUCUUCAGUUGAUUUCUUUUCCCCUUUAAUAAGUGUAUUAAAGUUAAUGUUUAAAAUAAUA